UUGAAAAAAGUAACUAAUUAAAAAAACGUGGCCAACGGGCUGCAGCACGGACUUCACAGCGAGCCUGUCAAACACAACCAACACAGCCAACAUGGCGGACUGGGACGCUGACAACUUCGAGCCGGAGGAGCCGAUUAAAAAGGCGGUAGUGAUGGACAAAUGGGAAGGCGAAGACGAAGAAGAAGAUGUUAAGGAUAACUGGGAUGAUGAGGAAGACGAGGACACGAAAAAAGUAGAAGUGAAAAAAACAGAGAAAAAGGUUUCUGAUAAGAAAAAGUUGAUGGAGAAGAUUAAAGAGAAGGAAAACCGUUUAAAGAAAAAACAACAGGAGUUGGAGAAUAGCCGAGCAGAGCUUACUCAAGAAGAACAACUCGCAGAGAAGUUAAGAGUGAAGAAGCUACAGGAAGAUGCCGACUUGGAGUUAGCAAAAGAUGCUUUUGGUGUCAGCAGCACUUCAAACAGUGUCACUGGGAUUGAUGGCAUGUGUCCAUCUUCCAAAGAAGACUUCACAGAGUUUGAAAAAUUGCUGAAAGAAAAGAUAACCCAGUUUGAAAAAUCUGUGCAUUAUUCGAGUUUCUUGGAUUCAUUGUUUCGGGAGCUCUGUAUUUCAUUGGAAGUAGAUGACUUGAAGAAAGUCAGUAAUUCCCUGUCAGUCCUACUUAGUGAAAAACAGAAACAAGAAAAACAAAACAAAGGAAAGAAAAAGAAGAAAGGUGUCGUACCUGGUGGCGGUUUGAAAGCACAGCUGAGAGAUGACCUUGACUAUGCAGAGUUUGAUGGUGGAUACGCCCAAGACUAUGAGGACUUCAUGUGACACUGGCUCCAUCACCACUGUCCUCUCCCCCUCCCAACCCUGAGAAAUGCAGCUGUACCUUCUCAUGCUGUCCAGUGCCAUCCUGGAAAAUCUGAACUAUGUGUUGCCCCCUUCAUUUUGCUUCAAUGACCAGAGGGACUAUACCAGGGAGCAUCCAGUCUCACCAACUCUUAUGUUAAUACAUAUGGAAUUGCCUUUUCUCUGUCUCAUUCAGCCUCGACUCACACACACACACAUAAUCAUGUAGUAUAUCUGUUGGGUGACCCAGCUUCAAGGGAAAAUACACUUUAACUGCAGUUGUCUGAGUUUUUGCAGGGCUCAUUUUUUCAUUAAAUGUUGCUCCUGUCAAAAUGGCAGAUAUAGUAUUGCAGUUAUAAGUGUAGUGACAUAGAAACACAUGGUUCUAUGCAAAUUCUUAAACCAGAAUGUCAUGUAUAUAUUAUAGGUCUCACUUACCUGUGGAUUAUUCUCUUACAGGAAAGUAUAUAGUAUCUAUAACUUUGGUUGCCAAAUGCAGAACAAUUAUUCAGUACAUUAUUCAUCUUUAUCUCUGGAAAGGUUGCAUUGUGGGUUAUUUGAGACUGACAACAUGUAAGUAGUAGUUAUAAUUUUACAGAGAGCACAUGACAUUCACUGUAAGAUAAAAGGGAUAGACAAGUGUAAUAAAUGUGACUUUAAAACAUUACAGCCAUUCUCUUAAUACAUCUCUGGAAUAUCCUUGAAAAUUUGGAGCAAAGAGUGCUUAUAGGUAUUUUUUGUGCAUGACAAAAAUGUAAUUUACUAAUUUGAUUUCUACUAAUGCAGAAAAAGUAUGGAUCAGGCAAGUGGGUUAACUUGCUAGUACUGGUCUCCUAAUCAUUGCUUCUGCAGGCUUGUAUCAAGUGUGAUGAGGAGCGGGGGCUUCUGGGCUUCACCCCACCAUGUCUUCAUAUGGGCUACAGUUAUUUGAAAGGGGCGUAUUUCUCCUUUUUUUUCUAGCAGUUGACCAGUUUCAAUGUUACAUGGACAAUUGGAUACAUACAAUGUGGAAGAUACAGCAUUUGCAGUGUUUUAUAAGCAUCUAAUUUAAUAAAUCACUGGUCAAAAGGA